CAACAUCCAACAGAGUAACUAAAUAUCCCUAUACUAAUGACGUUCGUCUGUCAAUGUCAAAAAUGGCAGGAGCUCUGGUGCGGAUAACAAAUUUUGCAAAAAAUCAGCUCGGAGCUUUUGCCCCAGUUAUUAGCAAUGGGCAGAUCGCCCUUUAUUCUGGCCCUCCUCCUGGACCACCACCACAGACAAAGACAAAAUUUGGUCCUUUGACUGACGAAGACAGAGUUUUCACAAACUUAUAUGGCAGACACGACUGGAGGCUGAAGGGUGCUAUUAAACGUGGCGAUUGGUACAAAACUAAGGAAAUUUUGUUGAAAGGCUCAGACUGGAUAAUAAACGAACUUAAAGUGUCUGGCCUUAGAGGCAGAGGAGGGGCUGGUUUUCCCACUGGGAUGAAGUGGUCCUUCAUGAAUAGACCUGGUGAUGGACGACCCAGAUAUCUGGUAGUAAAUGCCGACGAGGGAGAACCAGGCACUUGCAAAGACAGAGAAAUUAUGCGACAUGAUCCACAUAAGCUUGUCGAAGGUUGCCUCAUCGCUGGUAGGGCCAUUGGAGCUAAGGCGGCAUAUAUUUACAUCAGAGGAGAAUUCUAUAACGAGGCAUCCAAUAUGCAAGUUGCAAUAGCUGAGGCGUAUCAAGCUGGGUUCUUAGGCAAGAAUGCAUGUGGUUCUGGCUACGAUUUCGAUGUGUUCAUGCACAGAGGCGCCGGGGCCUAUAUUUGUGGUGAAGAAACAGCUCUUAUUGAGUCGAUCGAAGGAAAGCAGGGAAAGCCCAGAUUAAAACCACCAUUCCCUGCCGAUGUUGGCGUUUUCGGUUGUCCCACAACUGUAAACAAUGUCGAAACCAUUGCUGUGUCUCCAACAAUAUGUCGCAGAAGUGGUGCCUGGUUCGCUUCCUUCGGAAGAACUCGAAACUCGGGAACGAAACUCUUCAACAUUUCAGGGCAUGUCAACAGGCCUUGCACCGUGGAAGAAGAAAUGAGCAUCCCUUUGAAAGAACUUAUCCAAAUACACGCUGGCGAUGUAAAAGGAGGAUGGGAUAACCUUUUAGCUAUUAUUCCCGGCGGUUCGUCCACACCGUUAAUCCCCAAAAAGGUUUGCGAGGAUGCCAUAAUGGAUUUCGACGGACUUGUAGCUUGCCAGACCAGUUUAGGUACAGCCGCCAUCAUCGUCAUGGACAAAAGCACCGAUAUCGUCAGAGCAAUCGCCAGAUUGAUCAUGUUCUACAAACACGAGUCUUGCGGGCAAUGUACUCCCUGCAGGGAAGGUGUCAACUGGAUGAACAAAAUAAUAUACAGAUUCGUUGAUGGAAACGCUAAACCCGAAGAAAUUGAUAUGCUGUGGGAAAUAAGCAAGCAAGUUGAAGGCCACUCCAUCUGCGCUUUGGCUGAUGGCGCUGCGUGGCCCGUUCAAGGUCUUAUUAGGCAUUUCAGGCCUGAACUGGAAGAGAGGAUGAAGAAACAUCAAGGGAAGGAGAGAGCAUCGUGUUGAUCAAUAAAAUAAUUUAUAAUAUGAACUGUUAACUUGACCUAUUGUGAUUUUACGAUUUUCUAGUAAAUGAGAAACUAGGUAUAAUUAAAGAAUGGUUUUUAAAAGUU